UUGCGUCGGCAAAGUCAUAACAAAUGAUGACAUACAUACAUACGACAACAAAUGCAGUGCGCAUCCGGCGAUAGCUGUCACAACACAUAAGCAUGGCGCGAGACAAAAUGGCGGCGAUCUAUUUACCCUGCGUUGUGUUUGUGUGUCUGAAUAUAUUCGCCGUUGAAGGAGCUAUGCAUGUAAAAGGUCUAAUUUGUCAGGACCCAGAUACCAAAAAACUUUAUCCAGUUAAUUCAACAUGGCCAUCUGAAAGUUUUUGCGGUAAUUAUACUUGCAGACUUAGGCGGACAAACGUUACUCAAACAGAGUACGCGCCUGUUAACAUAAUAAGCACUUCACCCGAUACAAAAGAUAAAUCUCUAUCAGACGAUAUGGAGCUAAGUCCAAGCGAGCAAGCAUUUGUCUUUUUAAAAAAAAUGCAACCAGCACAGGAACCAAUAUUUCACAAAGAAGCACAGAAUAGAGCAAACGCUAGAACAGAUUCAAAGAAAUCCGGAGGUACUGAUUCUGACCGAUAUCUUACAGAAUCUGAAAUAAAAUCAAUAACAGAAAUCUUACAUACGGUUAAGAAAAGUGACUUGGAAGCUAUUAUAGAAAUAUAUAACAUCGCUCAAGAUAUUUACAAAGAAAUGGACACCAAUAUGGAGGAAAAGAAAGUGAAUGAUACUGAUAUGAAAAUUAAAAGUACUAAUUCGGAAAUUAAAGAAACCGAUUUGAAUACUUUAAAAACAAACGAUAGUAAACAUAAUGUCUUGAAAGCUAAAGAAUCCGUUUCUUAUUGGUAUGAACCAUUGGAAAACACGAAAACAAAACCAACAGAUUUGAAAGUUGAAGGUACUUACUCCGUUCCCACGGCUAGAAGUUAUUCACGUCCCGCUACAUACUUCAGCGGUUUAUUGACAGAAAGAGAUUUCAGAAAGCUACCAUAUCCAAUAUCAUCAAAUCUACAAGUAUCGUCACCAUAUACUUAUAAUAAAGUAACACAUAAUUUUCAUAAUUAUGCACCACGUCAAGCGAAACCAUGUAGGAAGAGGUUUAACAACAUAGCACCGACCUGGGUGAACACACACUUAAACAAUGCUAAAUCAGAAGCAGAAAGAUGGCAAUUGAUGCAACCAGUGCUACUUCCUUAUCCAUUUUCAUACGUUCACCAUUAUAACUUUAGUUCUUAUCCUACCAGUUUCUACUAUAGUAACUAUCCAUUGAUCCAGUUAAACGCAGAUUACAGUAGAACUCAAACGUAUCCACAGCAAAAUUUUGGUGCAUAUAAGAUAUCUGACGUCCCAAAAGCUAUCGUAAGUGCUAAUAUUGAGGAAAAUCAUAAACCCGAUUUUAAAGAAGAGGUAAACACCGAUGAUAAGGAAACUUUGAAUAAUAAAGAAGUAGUUGUUAUACCAGAAUGGCAGACAGAAGAAUUAUCAGCCAAAGUUCUUGACGAAGUAAAGGCGAAUAUUUUAGAAAAUUCAAAGUUGUUGAAGCAUUUAAAUGCAGUUAAAAAUGUAAAAGUGGCUAAAGUUGUUAAACUAGACGAGUUGACGAGAAGGAAAAGAGACACAAGCAAUACUGAUAAUGAAGAUAUCGAGUUUAAAAUUAUAAAAUACGAGCCGUACUUGGAAAAAACAAUCUGUGAAUCGAGCACCGAACUCGGAUACUUCCGGUUGGGAGACCCACACGAGCCCUACCCAGCCUGCUGCCCUCAGAAGAUUUACAGCUGAUGAUAGUUCCUCUUCAGCAAGUUAGAGCGCUCAUUUCGUAAUAAAAUAACAGAACUAUAGUAUUUUUUCACAAGUAAUUUUGGAAGACAUUCUUUGGUGGAUUUAGAACGACUUUAACAACAAAUAAGUACCUACCUAAAUAAGUUGUUUUGGAGUAAAAUAUCAAAACGAAAUUUUUAUCAUGUUAAUUACAAUUGAAAACACAAAAUAUUAAUUUUACUAAACCAUAAAACAAUUUAUUUUUCAGAGAGUAUUUGUUUAAAUAUUUAUUUAGGUACAAUUUUUUCAAGAUAUUUUUGCAAUACAUCUACCUACCUAAUGAGCGUUACAAGGUUAAGCAAAAUCAAGAUUUCCCUUCUCAGGUAAAAGCUAGAGAAAUUCAACAUAAUUUAGCAAUUCCUCGUGACAGACAAAAUCUGUACAAAGUAAAUUCAGUAAAUCAUUAACACGUUAUGUGCAAUAAUUACUGUGAUUGUGUAAACAAAUAAUUUGUUUGCUAUUAAUUUGUUACUUACCUUUGUAAAUAAUGUAUGUAUUAAUAAAAAUCUA